AUGUCUGAGCGCGUCCGACGAGCACGCAGCGUCCAGCUAAAGUAUCUGGCCACGCUGCACCAGAUUGGUAAGCCAUUGGAGGAACCGAUCAUCGGGCGACACUUUAAGCUACCGGAACGACCCCGACCGGCCGAACAUCCCGUGUUCGACAUGUCGCUGUUGUACAUUCCGAUCUACUGCCACCUGGUGCUGCAUCCUCCCGGCGAGCUGGAACGUCCACCAACGCCGGAGCUAAUUACGAGGGCACGAAUCGAAAAAGCGGUGGGAAGCUGGAUGGAUUAA